AGAAGAAACCCAAAGUCCACGCCAACUUUCCUGUGUGCCUUUACAAAGAAUCCCAUACAUUAUUACUAUGAUUGUUACUCUGAGGACAAGCAGCAUGUGCCAGCGUGGGAUUUUGGGAAAGAACGAAAAGUGGAUUCAUUAUAUCCGUUUGACGGCUGCCUGAUCGGGCAGUAGAGUUCUGGCUUGUACGAGGGACCUGAACACCAGACUGAUCCCUUCUGACACAGACGGGGACCAACUUUUCUGUCCUACUGGAAACAGUGACUUUGCAGGCAAACCACCAAUCAGACUCGAGGAUUUUGGACUCGGCUGGCUGGGAUUCCGCAGAGUACCUGCUGAGAUGUAGAGCUCUUUGGCACAUUUUCGCUGUCGAUCUUACUGAACCCAAAAGUGAGACAUCAAAUAACUAUUUGCCCCAGCUUGCAUAAGACCCUCUGUGUGUCUGCCUCAUGUGGAUUACAGUGCCAGGUGGCAGCACCAGGAUCGGCUCUGCCACUGAGGAUGAUGAUGGACUUGCGAAUCUACGCCUCAGCCGGGUAACAGACUUCUGAUCCUGCAAGAUUCAUCCCCACACGAUGCGAUGAGCCUGAGGGGGAAUUUGUCCAGUUUCGGCCCAGCGUACCUGGGGCUUCCGGGUCGGGAGUUCAUUAAUGCCUCCCUAGGGUGCAACAGCAGCACAGACUCCGUGUCGGCCACUGCCACACUGAUCGUGGCGACAGGUGAAGCCGGACACCUGGGUUCCCAUUGCCUGGCCCCACCGCCAGCAGAUGCCAAAAACUGGCCGGCGCUGCUUAUCGUGGUGGCCGUGGCCCUCACAGUCACUGGCAACAUCCUGGUCAUCAUGGCCGUGUCCCUGGAGAAAAGGCUGCAGAACGCCACCAACUACUUUCUGAUGUCACUGGCUGUGGCCGACAUGCUGCUGGGCCUCCUGGUCAUGCCGGUGGCCAUGGUGACCAUCCUGUAUGGGUACAGCUGGCCGCUGCCUCCAACCCUGUGCCCAAUCUGGAUCUACCUGGACGUCCUCUUCUCCACAGCGUCCAUCAUGCACCUGUGUGCCAUUUCCCUGGAUCGUUACAUCGCCAUACGCAAUCCCAUCCAGCACAGCCGCUUUAACUCCCGGAUGAAGGCCUUCAUGAAGAUCAUGGCAGUCUGGACCAUCUCUGUUGGGAUCUCCAUGCCCAUCCCUGUCCUGGGCCUCCGAGAUCACUCGAAAGUUUUCAAGAACCACACCUGCCAGCUCACGGACAACAACUUUGUUCUGGUGGGCUCCUUCGUGGCCUUUUUCGUCCCCCUGAUCAUCAUGGUGGUCACCUACUUCCUGACCAUCGGUGCCCUGCAGAACGAGGCCACCCUCUGCUUGGACCAGCUGGUACCCAAACCCAAGUGGGCCAUUCCCCUCAACUUCCUGCCACAGGGCUCCCUGUCCUCAGAGAAGCUCUUCUUCCGGCGGUCGCUAAGCCGGGAGGCGGGGCCUCAGGCCGGGAGACGGACCAUGCAGUCGAUCAGCAAUGAGCAGAAGGCCUCUAAAGUUCUGGGUAUCGUCUUCUUUCUCUUUGUGUUCAUGUGGUGCCCGUUUUUCAUCACUAACGUGCUGGCCGUGGUAUGCGGUGGGGCCUGCAGCGCCGGCAUCAUGGACGGCCUCCUCAACGUCUUCGUGUGGGUGGGCUACCUUUCUUCCGCUGUCAACCCGCUCGUCUACACGCUGUUCAACAAGACGUACCGCUCUGCCUUCUGGCGCUACGCCCGCUGCCGGUACCGAGAGGAGAGGAAGCCACUGCAGCUCAUCCUGGUCAACACCAUCCCACCAGUUGCCUUCAGCCACAGCCAGCUGCCUCUGGGUGACAUCGCCCCUCUGAGGAACGGGAACUGUGGAGCUGGUCGUCAUGGUUACGCCCCCGUGGCCUCGAGGGAGGACAAACUUGGUUUGUCUGAGCUCGGGGGGAUGAGCACUGGUGAGGAGAAGGUCAGCUGCGUGUAACCGGAGACUGGGGAGGGGGCUUGUAUAUUUCCUCACUAUAAGAACCAUGGCAACCAUGCAGGAAGUCCUGCAAAUAGCUGUUAUCUGCAAGAUAAAGGCUCUGGGUUAAAGAGCGAUUGAUAAGGGAGCAAUUAACGAUGGAGCAAUUGAUGACAAAAGGACGAAUCAGAUAGAGGCACGACAAGAAGUAUCCGCUGCUUUAUGGACAGUGUUUUGUACUUUGCUGAAAGCAUAUAAAAUAACCGAAAGCCGGUCUGCCUCAGAGAAACUGUGACCUCUGAACCCAUACCACAUAUUCUUGUAGGAGACAAGCAGUCGAUCCUGCACCAUGCAGCGUUUUGAUGCCAAACAGCUCAUGUGUGUCCCAUCCCAAUCCUGUCCCAUUUCUUUUUUCAGUCAGUUCUAGGGAUGGAAUCAGCUUGAUGAGGUGUGGGCAGGCCUUGUUGCGUUAUCAGGACCUGGAGAUGAUUGAUACAGAUGCAUUGUGGUUAGUGACCAGUCCAGCCACUCUGGAGUCCUUGCUCAGACGUUUGCAGAGCAUGAACGUGUGGAGAUGGCAGCAUCACUGCACCAUGUGAAUCUCUCUCUCUCUCAGAGAAUGGCGCCGGCUGUGAGGCCGCAUAGCUGUUGUUGGCAUCCUGUGUGGCUUUGUUGUGUUAUUUAAAUGAUUCAGCCUGUCAGAAGUCACUAAGCCUGUUCCAUCUAGACCCCCCCCCCCCACAAAUCUCCUUUCAUCCAUUUAAUUUCUCUCUGACACACAAACACACACAAACUCUAAUUAUCGCUCCUCGUCUGUUAAGUCUUUCUCACACACGCUCACCUCUCACAUUCUCUCUCUCCUUCUCCAUCUUUCACUCUCUCUCCACCUUUACACCUCACAGGAUCAGCCUCAGUGAGUAUACAGUCGUUGUCUUAUGGCCAUUUACUCAACUUUAAAUCUUUAAUAUGCCCAUGACAUGUUUCAUGUGUGAUUUUUAACCAGGGCACCAGUGUGAUCUUGCUCCUAUGAAUUUCACUUUACUUUCAAUAAUUAAAUUAAAUAUUCAUUGUACCAUUAUCAGAGGACAUUUUUCCUAUCAAAUGAAUAAUAUCUGAUAUAUUUUCCUUGAACUGUCAUUAAAUUAUAUUAAUAUUAUAUAUAUAUAUAUAUAAAAUUAGAAAUGGUAUGUUGAUAUGUACUUGUUGGCUGUAUCUGAUUUCUGUUCCAUCUGAUUACAAAAGUAAGAGCCAUAACCUCCUUCCAGGUUAGUUUCAAAGCUAAAAAAGUCAUAAGAAUUGUCCUACAUUAGUAUUUCAAAAGGUGUUACAUAGAUUGAAUAGAUUAUGACAGUCACUGUAAGCUGAAGAUCACCCGACACUGUA